AUGAUAUUAUCUGCUUUAGUUGUUUAAUAUUUUGCAUAACAUGAAUAGAUUAAAUAUAUGAUUGGUGAUAAUUAAGGAAUUACCUUCAAAAUAAUCAUAAUGUUCAUAGAUGUAUCAGGAUUAGAAAUUUUACAGAGAGUCUUUUAAAAUUAGAAAAUGAAGGACCUGAAUUAACAGCCUUUGUAAUUAAUUGAUAUAUGGAAUUAUUAGUCAAAGCAAUAAGUUAUAGUGAUGAUGAUAGAUUAAAAUUUUCAGGAGGUUAAUAUUUCUAUAAUUAAUUUAGAUGCAAUAAUGGUUGUAUUGCCGCCUUUUUAUAAAUAAGAUAUAAAAUAAUUACACUAUGAUCUUAGUUUAACAUGGAGAAUAGCUCUAUAAAAUUUAUUGGAUAUUUAAAAUAAAUUAAAUGAUUCAUUUAAUUUAUCGAAUUUGAAAUUGUCAGUAAAGAUCGAUUUUGAAUAGGAGAUAUUAAUUUUAUAUAUUUAGGUGAAGUUUAUAAUAGAUCAGAAUAUUUAUCUACAGGAGAACCAUUAUAAUAAGUAUUUUAAAGUGAACAUUGUGCUACUAAAAGAUAUGAAUUAAUAAACUAUAAUUUUUAAUUUGAAACAAUUAAUCAUGAUAAUAAAUAAUUUGAUCUCGUAAAUUAAAUUAAAAUCGACUCUUAUAAUUUAUAAUAUGGAUAACGAUAAUGUUUUCGAAAUGAUUAUUAAAUUACCUUAUUUUAAAGAAUAUAUGUAUGUAAAUGAAUUGAAUACAAAUAAUAAUUGA